AUGAGUUUAGAAAAUGACGAUAAGAGAGCACGCACACGAUCAAAGUCUAUCAGAGGUGAGCCGGAAUCAACCUUAACUGAUUUAGCAAACUGCCCUACCCCAGGAUGUAAUGGCUCAGGACACAUCCGUGGAAAGUAUGCAAGACACAGAAGUUUACAAAGCUGCCCUCUAGCAAAGAAGAGGAAACUUCAGGACGCUGAGGCCGAGCACCUGGUGUCAAAGAGAAAAUCCCAUCCCCUGAAGCUGGCCCUUGAUGAAGGCUACAAUGUGGACAGCGAUGGGAGCGAGGAGACGGAGGUGAAGGAGGAGUCUGUCACUGAUGAAUCCGAGGGGACUUUGGAGGAGGAAGAGGCAGAGACGAUAGAAGAGGAGGAGACCCCCAGCCCUGAGCCAGCGGAAGUAAGAAGCCCAGCAAAAUCAUCACACUAUGGACAAAAUGCAGCUACCAGUACACCCGGCCCUAGCAAGGCCAAUUACAGCAGCUAUCAAGAAAUCAUUGCCAACUCUCUCCUAAAUCUAGGCCAAAUAGCAGAAGAAACCCUUGCAAUAGAGGGACAGAUGCCUGAAAAUGAACUGCAGGUCUCCAAACCUCCUGUUAAUGUUGUGCACCUGGUCCAUGAAGGGGCGGAAGAAGAGGUGGUCGAGGAGGAAAGUGACAAGGAAAUUAUUAUCCAAACUGAGGAUGCGGAGGAAGUCAUUGAGGUCACUAGUGAACGUAGCAGUGAAUUGUGUCCAGAGCAUCGGGACGAUCUGAACUGUGAGGGGUCCUGCAAGUUGCAAAAGGCCAUGCAAGCAGAAGCAGAAGAGGAGGAGGAGGAGGAGGAAGAGGAGGAGGAGGAAGAAGAAGAGGAGGAAGAAGAGGAGGAGGAGGAGGAGGAAGAGGAAGAAGAGGAGGAGCUGGCACCUGAAGUCAUCUGUGAAGAAACUCCUCAGACGUCUCGGGACUCCCAGAAAACCCACUGUGAAGGGCGGUUCAGCCCAAAACCUGAGUACUCGGUCAUCGUGGAGGUCAGGUCAGACGACGACAAAGAUGACGAUGCUCGCUCCCAGAAAUCUGCCGUGACCGAUGAGUCUGAAAUGUACGACAUGAUGACCAGAGGGAACCUGGGGCUACUGGAGCAGGCCAUUGCGCUCAAAGCCGAGCAGGUUAAAAUCAUGAGGGAGCCCAGCCGCCUGCCAGGGGAGCAUGUAAAGCAUUUCCAGGUGGACGAAAAACAAAACAAACCUUUGGACACGAUCAGAAAAAACUACUACAGCAAAGAUCCCUCAAGACCUGAGAAGCGAGAGAUCAAAUGUCCUACUCCAGGUUGUGAUGGCACCGGUCACGUCACAGGCCUCUAUCCUCACCAUCGCAGUCUGUCUGGUUGCCCACACAAAGACAGGAUCCCUCCAGAGAUCUUGGCUAUGCACGAGAAUGUGUUGAAAUGCCCAACACCAGGCUGCACAGGACAGGGUCAUGUGAACAGCAAUCGCAACACACACAGAAGUUUAUCUGGGUGCCCCAUAGCCGCUGCUGAAAAAUUAGCCAAAUCUCAUGAAAAACAACAGCCGCAGGCCGGUGACCCCUCUAAGAGUAGCUCCAAUUCUGACCGGAUACUCAGGCCUAUGUGCUUUGUGAAGCAGCUGGAGAUUCCUCAGUAUGGGAGCUACAGGCCCAACAUGGUUCCAGCAACCCCUAGGGCCAACCUGGCCAAGGAGCUGGAGAAGUACUCCAAGGUCACCUUCGAUUAUGCAAGUUUUGAUGCUCAGGUUUUUGGCAAACGCAUGCUUGCCCCAAAGAUUCAGACUAGCGAAACCUCACCGAAAGCCUUUAAAUGCUUCGACUACUCUCACGAUGCCGAGGCCGCACAUAUGGCUGCCACCGCCAUUUUAAAUCUCUCCACCCGCUGCUGGGAAAUGCCAGAAAAUCUCAGUACCAAGCAGCAGGAUCUUCCCAGCAAGUCUAUGGACAUUGAGGUGGAUGAAAACGGGACGCUGGACCUAAGCAUGAACAAGCAUCGCAAACGAGAGAGCACCUUCCCCAGCAGCAGCAGCUGCAGCAGCAGUCCCAGUGUGAAGUCCCCAGAUGUGUCCCAACGCCAAAAUAGCACGAGUGCCACUAGCAGCACCAUGACCUCACCCCAGUCCAGCCAGACCUCCCGUCAGGAUGAAUGGGAUGGCCCCAUUGACUACACCAAACCAAAUCGUCAGCGGGAAGAGGAGCCAGAAGAGUCAGAGCCCGCAGCCCGUUCGUUUGCCUCCUCGGAAGCAGAUGAGCAGGAAGUGUCAGAGGAGAACUUUGAAGAACGGAAAUACCCUGGGGAAGUUACCUUAACCAACUUCAAGCUUAAAUUCCUUCCCAAGGACAUCAAGAAGGAGCUACUCACUUGCCCUACCCCAGGCUGUGAUGGCAGUGGACACAUCACGGGAAACUAUGCCUCUCACCGCAGCCUUUCUGGUUGUCCUCUUGCUGACAAGAGCCUCAGAAACCUCAUGGCUGCCCACUCUGCUGACCUCAAGUGCCCAACUCCUGGCUGUGAUGGUUCUGGUCACAUAACAGGAAAUUAUGCAUCACAUAGGAGUCUGUCAGGCUGCCCCCGUGCCAAGAAAAGUGGCAUCAAGAUAACCCCCACGAAAGAUGACAAAGAAGACCCGGAGCUGAUGAAGUGUCCGGUUCCUGGCUGUGUUGGGCUUGGACACAUCAGUGGCAAAUAUGCCUCUCAUCGCAGUGCAUCAGGAUGUCCUCUUGCAGCCCGUCGGCAGAAAGAAGGAUCACUCAAUGGCUCAUCGUUUUCCUGGAAGUCACUGAAGAAUGAGGGGCCUACCUGUCCGACCCCUGGCUGUGAUGGCUCGGGUCAUGCCAACGGAAGCUUUCUCACUCACAGAAGUUUAUCAGGGUGUCCAAGAGCUACUUUUGCUGGAAAGAAAGGAAAACUCUCAGGGGAUGAAAUUCUCAACACUAAAUUCAAGACCAGCGAUGUUCUAGAGAAUGAUGAAGAAAUUAAGCAGUUAAACAAGGAGAUUACUGAGCUGAAUGAGUCCAACUCGGAGAUGGAGGCUGCCAUGGUGAAGCUGCAGUCACAGAUAUCAACCAUGGAGAAGAACCUAAAGAACAUUGAGGAAGAAAACAAAAUCAUAGAGGAGCAGAAUGAAGCCCUGUUCUUGGAGCUCUCAGGUCUGAGCCAGGCUCUUAUCCAAAGUCUUGCCAAUAUCCGCCUUCCACAUAUGGAGCCAAUCAGUGAACAGAACUUUGACGCUUAUGUUAAUACCCUUACCGACAUGUACACCAAUCAGGAGUGUUACCAGAACCCUGAGAACAGGGACCUGCUAGAAAGCAUUAAACAGGCUGUCAAGGGAAUUCAAGUCUAG